AUGAAGAGUCCUCUGCUCGUAGAAGGCGUACGUCGAGGGCCCAGGGAAGACGAAGAGUCCAGGGUUGCACACCCAGCUGCAGCGACGGCUGUGGACGCUUGGGACGCCGCAUUCGCGAAGUGGACGAUGUCAGCGAUUCUUAUGUUCAGUUUCAUGGACCGUUACAUCGUAAGCGCCGUGAAAGAAGAUAUCAAGAGUGACUUCGGCCUAGAUGAUUACCAGACCGCCCUGCCAGCGACAGCCAUGACCUUCGUGUUUAUGGUGUCAGCCGUUCUGUUCGGAUGGUUGGCGGACCAGAGGAUUGUCAAACGGAAGCGUGUGCUGGCAAUCGGAAUCCUCGUGUGGUCCGUGGCCACUGGACUUGCGGGCUUCGCGCAGAAUUUGCCUCAGCUCAUCGUCAUGCGUUCGCUGGUUGGCGUCGGCGAGGCCGCGUAUGGAACAAUAUCGGUGCCAAUGCUUGCUGAUAUAUUCCCUGAGAGAGACCGGCCCCGGGUGUUCCUGAUCUACUCCCUGGCCGUUCCACUUGGUGGAGCUCUCGGCUUUGCACUCGGUUCUGUUACCAGCUCGUCUUUCGGCUGGCGCAAUGCGUUUCUCAUCUGUGGUCUCCCUGGCUCGGUCAUGGCUCUGAUCGUACUCUGGGUCAAGGAUCCCGCCGACUUUCCUGCCCCUUGUACCCCCUCGGUGAUUCUGCACAGAAGCCUGUCCAGGCCAACGAGUGGGCCACUGCAAAAGACUGUAAACGACUUCCGAGACAUCCUGACGAACAGCACUUUCAUGGUUGUCACUGCGGGUCUCGUCUGCAUAUGCUUUGCGCUCGGGGGCUUUGCAGACUUCAUCGAGUCCUUCUUCAUCCGGUAUCAGCACAGCAGCCAGGUCGAGGCGGGCCUCGUCAUCGGGGGCAUCACGGUUUUCGGUGGCAUUAGCGGCAGCGCUUUGGGAAAGGUGGCCGCGAAUCACUAUGCCGACAGGUGCCAUAACGCUUUCCUCCUAGUGCCAGCCCUUUUCGCAAUCUCGGGAUCAUUCUGCGCACUUGUGUGCGUAAACCACGCAGGCGACAAAUUGCUCGGGUAUGCCAUGUUCUUCGCAGCCCAGACGUUGAUCUGGACCUACUCGGUGCCGACGACAUGUGUCACGCUGGCCGCGGUGGAGAAACCGUUGAGAGCGCAGGCGUGCGGCCUGCAGAUCUUCCUCACUCACGCCUUGGGCGACGUGGUCAGCCCUCCGAUCAUCGGGCUCAUCUCCGAUAAGGACGGUGGUCUCCAGAGCGGACUUCAGAUCUGCUGGGUGGCGGUGCUGGUUGCCGGAUUAGUAUGGUUGGCGGGCUGGUGGAAGCUGACCCCGCUCUCGAGGGAGACACAAUGA